ACUUGAUUCUUUGGUUACGAAAAGAGGUAGAUCCAUAUAAAUACCUCAGCCAUAAUCACUGUCCAACCUUCUAAAACCCUAAAUAGUGGUUUAGGCGGCACCAAUUCUCUCCAAACCUCUCUUCAUCAAUCAAUCCCCAAACUCAUCAAUGGCGUGCACAAUCGAUUUCCGAUGCUUGGACGAAGGUUUCGGCGGCAAAACCGCCAAACGAAAGCGCGAAUCUCAAUCUCUCGCCUCCGAAACAGCUCAAUUUGAUGCAUCAAUGGAGGUCGACAACGACAAUCAAAUCGUGAAUCCACCAGCAAAACGAGCCGCAAUUUCAUCCACUGACGAUCCAAACAAGCCAGUAUUUGGUCGGCCGACGUACGAUGGAGUUAUCGCCGGCAGAGUUUCCGGCCGGAACUGGAAGCAGCCGAGGAAGCAUCGGUCGUCGGCAAUGGCGGUUAGUCGGAAGCCGGUGUCGUUGGAGCAGAAGAAGAGAGACAAAGAGUUGAAGAAGGCGUACAAAGAGAGGAAGGAUGAGUUGAAGGAAGAGAUUCGGCAGCAUAAGAUUGCGAAGAGGAAGCAGAAAGAGGAGAGAGAGAAGAAGAAAGAAGAGAAUAUUUUGAAAUCUGGUACUAAAUUUCAGAAAAUUACUAACCCUAAAACUCUCAAGAAGAUUGCUAAAUCUAAGCAACGCAAGCAGCUUAAGGUCGUUUCUGAUGAUCUUCUUAGAAAGUAGAUUAUUAUUAUUAUUAUUUUAUUAUUAUUAUUGUUAGUAUUUUAAUUGUUAUUUGGUUGAGUUUUCGUUGCGAUUUUUCGUGUAUUUUUUACUUUGUUUAUCGAAUUUGGUUUGCGUUUACUGUUAAUCUGAAGUAGUUGGAGAAAUGUACACUCAAUGGAAGAUCUUGAGAGUUGAAAUGAAAUUUUUGUUUGGAUUUUCUGCAA